AUGGAUAAGGCGCUAAAUAGUCUCACCUCCCUCAAAAGUGUUUGUAGUUGGCUACACAGCCACACUUCACACCCUAGACAACAUGAGUCUCAAAGUGUUGCUGUUAUCUCCACGUCCGCCUCACUAUCAUCACCACAACACAAGAGAAGAUCAAGGUUGCACUUUCACACCCCACUCAAGGUAUUAAGCAUGACCAAGGAGAGCAGUGAAAGUGGCAAUGGAGUUUUAGAAAAAGCAGCAAUAGGUGGUGGAUUAGUCUCAACUCCAGUGAUUGGGUGGUCUCUUUACACUCUCAAAACCACUGGGUGCGGCCUACCCCCCGGUCCCGGAGGUUCAAUUGGUGCUCUAGAAGGAGUCAGCUACCUAGCGGUUGUGGGAAUUGUGGGUUGGUCCUUGUAUACCAAAACCAAAACUGGCUCUGGUCUCCCUAAUGGUCCUUUCGGAUUGUUGGGAGCCGUUGAGGGUUUGUCAUACUUAUCAUUGCUUGCCAUUCUAGUCGUCUUUGGUUUACAAUUUCUUGAGCAAGGCUCCAUUCCAGGACCUCUCCCAACUGACCAAUGCUUUGGUUGAGAUAAUGUGAUAUCAGCCAUUAAAAUUC